AUGCCUGAGCCCACAAAGAAAGACGAGACACCCAAUGGCCGACCAGAAGAAAGUGUUGCGCCUGAAAAUAAUGGUGUCCCGCCCCUACCUGAGAUAUCUCUGGAGAUUUCUCCACCCCCAGAGGCGGAAGCAGAGGGGAAAGAGCCGGUAGAGACUGAGGGGAAGAUACCAGAGCCCACAGAGCCUGAGCUGUUAGAAGCCGUCGCGGCUAAAGAGCCAGGCGACAUAGACAAUGGCUCAAAUCAGCCACAGCAAGGUGGGCUUGGGGUGAAAGAGCAAGCGGACUCUGGUAACGCCGUUAUAAAGGAAGAGGCUCCUUGCUCUUCUCCACCACCCGAUAAUGAUGCUGAUGCUGCAGCCCGUCCCCAAUCCCCAACACCUCAACAAGAGGAUGCCAAUUCGCUCAAGAAACUCUCUAUAGAGCUGCCUAAUGAUAGCGUCCCUGUGCCAGCCAUGGGGAGAAAAGAUUCAGUGUGGUCUCUGGGAGAAGGUCAAGCUCCAGAAGAACUGGACAAACCCAUUGACACCCCACCACUGUCUAUUCUACUCGUUGAGAAACCCCAAAGUGGAUCUGUUGCAGUAGGUGGGGAUAUCACCUUUAUUGCCAAGGUGGAGGCCAAAGAUCUUCUGCGCAAACCCACUAUUAAGUGGUUCAAAGGAAAAUGGAUGGACCUGGCCAGCAAGACAGGGAAGCACUUACAGCUGAAAGAGACUUUUGAUCGAUUCACCAAGGUUCACACUUUUGAGAUGCACAUCAUCAAGGCCAAGGAAAACUAUGCUGGAAACUACAGGUGUGAAGUCACCUACAAGGACAAGUUUGACAGCUGUUCCUUUGACUUGGAAAUAAAAGAAGUUGGACAGGGCUCACAGAAUAUCGAUAUUCGAUCAGCUUUCAAAAGAAGCAGUGAAGGACAAGAAGAUGCAGGAGAGCUUGACUUUAGUGGUCUCCUUAAACAUAGAAAUCAAAGAGAGCCCAAGCAGGAGGAGGUCCCAGAGGUGGAUGUGUGGGAGAUUCUGAAGACGGCCCGACCAGAUGAGUACGAGAAGAUUGCCUUUAUGUAUGGCAUCACAGAUCUGAGAGGCCUGCUCCGGAGGCUGAAGAAGACAAAGAAAGAGGAGAAGAAGAGUGAAGCUUUUGCAAAGAAGUUGGAUCCAGCAUAUCAGGUGGAUAAGGGAGGGAAGAUCCGCUUGGUGGUGGAUCUGGCUGACCCCACAGUUGAACUGAAAUGGUACAAGAAUGGCCAAGAAAUCAGGCCCUCACCGAAUCAAAGGAAGUAUAUCUUUGAGCACAAGGGCACGCAGAGGAUCAUGGUGAUUAAUAACUGCUCCUUAAAUGAUGACGCAGCCUACUCCGUCGCAGCGGGGGAUGAGAAAUGCAAUACAGAGCUGUUCGUCAAAGAGUUACCCGUUAAGAUAGUUAAAGGUAUUGAGCCCGUGAAGACCACAGUGAACGAGAGGAUCGAGCUGGAGUGUGAGGUGUCCGAGGAAGGUGCCCAAGUGAAAUGGAUGAAGAAUGGUGUUGAGGUUCCAACAGGAGUGCGCUCGAGGUACCGCGUGAAGUGUGAGGGAACCAAACACUUCCUGGUCAUUGAUGAUGCCAGCAGGGAGGACACUGGGACGUACUCCCUCAUGGCAACUGGUGGCACGACUGAGGCCCAUGUGCAAGUUGACUUGAAACCUUUGAAGGUCUACCAGGACCUGCAGGAUAUGACAGUGUUAUUGGGUCAGCCACUUAAGCUGCAUUGUGAGAUCUUCCCGGGCAACGUCCCGGGGCGCUGGUACAGGAAUGGACAGCUUAUCCAGCCCAAUGACCACAUCAACAUCCUGCACAGAGCCAAGAACCAUCGACUUGAAAUUGAGGCCAGCACCCUUCACGAUGCAGGAGAUUAUACUUUCGUACCUGAAGGAUACUCACAGAGCCUCUCUGCCAAAGUUCAUAUUAUCGACCCUCCUAGGGUACACUUGGAGAGCUUAAACUUUCCUGACAACACAGUGACAAUUGUGGCAGGGAACAAGCUCCGUUUGGAGAUCCCCAUCAGUGGAGAACCAUCCCCCAGGGUGGUGUGGAUGAAGGGAGAGAGAGUCAUUCUCGACUCUGGGCACCGUGUCCAUGCUGAAACGUAUGGCGACCAGACCAGCCUUACAAUUGAUGUCACAGAGAGGGAAGACACAGGCAACUACAAGAUAGUUCUCCAGAAUGAGGCUGGUGAAGCCACAGCCUGUGUCAGAGUCAAGGUUGUAGACAUCCCUGACCCUCCAGAAGCUCCUUUGGUCCCAGUGGUAGGAGGUGAUUGGUGUUCUAUGGUAUGGGACCCCCCACAUUAUGACGGGGGUUCGCCGAUAUUAGGCUACUUUGUCGAGAGAAAGAAGAAGCAGAGCUCCAGGUGGAUGAGGCUGAACUUUGACCUGAUCAAAGAAACAACCUUUGAACCCAAGAAGAUGAUCGAAGGAGUGCCCUACGAGGUGCGAAUCUUUGCAGUCAAUGCCAUCGGUGUGUCCAAACCUAGCGAUCCAUCCAAGGCCUUUGUUCCCCUUGCUGUGACCAGUGAACCCACCAUGCUGGUGGUGGAUGAUGUAACUGACACCACGGUAACCAUGAAGUGGCGCCCACCCGACACCAUUGGAGCUGCGGGCUUGGAUGGAUACUUGGUGGAGUACUGCAUAGAAGGAACUGAUGAGUGGAUACCAGCUAACAAGGAGCUGACAGAGAAAACCAGAUACACCAUUACUGACCUCCCCUCAGAGGCCAAAAUUUUAGUCCGGGUCAGAGCCAUCAACGCUGCUGGUGCCAGCGCUCCACGGACCGUUCAACAUUCGAUCCUGGUCAAAGAAGUUAUUGAACCACCAAAAAUCCGCAUACCCCGGCACUUGAAACAGACAUAUACUCGAAGAGUUGGAGAAACGGUGAACCUCGUGGUGCCAUUUAUGGGUAAACCCAGGCCGAAAGUGAGCUGGCUGAAGGAGGGCAAGCCUGUAGACCCAACGCAUGUAAGCAUCCGUAAUACAGACUGUGACAGCAUUAUCUUCAUCCGAAAGGCAGAACGAAGCCACUCUGGAAAGUAUGAUAUGACAGUGGAGGUGGAAAACCACAAGGACACAGCCAUAAUUGAUAUUCAAAUCGUAGACCUGCCUGGGCCUCCCCAAAGGGUGACCAUCGAGGAGGUGUGGGGAGGAAACGUGGCUCUGGAUUGGAGUCCUCCGAAAGACAACGGCAACGCCCCAAUCACAGGCUACACCAUUCAGAAAGCGGACAAGAAGACCAUGGAGUGGUACACCUGCAUUGAACACUACCAUCGCACGUGCAUCACCAUCACAGAGCUGGUGGUGGGCAAUGAGUACUUCUUCAGGAUCUACUCGGAGAACAUGUGCGGUCUGAGUGAAUGCGCCACUCAAACCAAGGAGAGCGCCCUCAUCGUCAAGGAAGGCCUGCACCUGAAAACACCUGAGUACACCGACCACGACUUCAAGGAGGCACCACGGUUCACGCAGCCACUGAUCAACACCUUUGCAAUCGCUGGCUACAAUACCACACUCAACUGUAGUGUUCGUGCCAACCCAAGGCCUAAAGUGAUCUGGAUGAAGAAUAAGAUAGCCAUCCUUGAUGACCCACGCUACCGUAUGUUUAGCAACCAAGGAGUGUGUACUCUGGAGAUCAGAAAGCCUAGCCCCUAUGAUGGGGGUCUAUACACCUGCAAGGCUAUCAACGACCUGGGAGAAGCCCAGGUGGACUGCAAGCUGGAGGUGAAAGGGGGGAACACCUUCUAUGAGCUCAUGCAACGUGGGGUCCCCCUACACCUGAUUGAUAAGUACAUGAAUGAGACGAAGACUGUUGAGCCAGAAAAGUAA